AUGGCUCUUAUAAGGCGAGCAAAAAAUAAGGUUGCUCCUCAGAAGAGAGCUGAAACAACUAUCAAGAAGGCGACCUUCGAUGCUACUAAGAAGAAAGAAGUUGGUGUUUCUGAUUUGACCUUACUUUCAUCGAUUUCUGAUGAUGCAAUUAAUCAGAAUUUAAAGAAACGGUUCGAGAACGGUACCAUUUAUACUUACAUUGGUCAUGUCUUGAUCAGUGUUAAUCCAUUCCGGGACUUAGGUAUCUAUACAGAUGCUGUGUUGGAAUCGUAUAAGGGGAAGAACAGAUUGGAAGUGCCACCUCAUGUAUUUGCCAUUGCAGAAGCUAUGUAUUAUAAUUUGAAGGCUUAUAACGAGAAUCAAUGUGUUAUUAUUUCUGGUGAAUCCGGAGCAGGUAAGACUGAAGCUGCCAAGAGAAUAAUGCAGUACAUUGCUGCAGCUAGUUCGACACAUGAAGCAUCGAUUGGCAAGAUCAAGGAUAUGGUGUUGGCUACCAACCCACUUUUAGAAUCUUUCGGGUGCGCUAAGACACUAAGAAAUAAUAACUCAUCGAGACAUGGUAAGUACUUAGAAAUCAGGUUCAAUGAGCAAUUCGAGCCAUGUGCUGGUCAGAUCACUAACUAUUUGCUUGAGAAGCAAAGAGUUGUCGGCCAGAUCAGAAACGAAAGAAAUUUCCAUAUCUUUUACCAGUUCACGAAGGGUGCUAGUGAUACUUACAGACAGAAUUUCGGUGUUUUGCAACCGGAUCAAUACAUUUACACUUCUGCAUCCGGAUGUACAUCCGUUGAUACUAUUGACGACUUGCAUGAUUAUCAAGAGACCAUUAAAGCUAUGCAAGUCAUUGGGUUAUCCCAAGAAGAACAAGACCAAAUUUUCAGAAUGCUUUCCGCUAUUUUGUGGAUCGGUAACGUAACGUUUGUUGAAAACAAUGAAGGUAAUGCUGAAGUGAGAGACACUUCUGUGACAGAUUUCGUUGCAUACUUGAUGCAAGUGGAUUCUGGGCUACUGAUCAAAUGUUUGGUGGAAAGAGUUAUGGAAACCGGACACGGUUCAAGAAGAGGGUCAGUGUACCAUGUCCCAUUGAAUGUGGUUCAAGCUACUGCCGUGAGGGAUGCUUUGGCUAAGGCUAUUUACAAUAAUCUUUUCGAUUGGAUCGUUGAUCGUGUUAACGUUUCAUUGAAAGCUUUCCCAGGAGCCGUUAAAUCGAUCGGUAUUCUUGAUAUUUAUGGGUUCGAAAUCUUCGAGCACAACUCUUUUGAACAGAUUUGUAUCAACUACGUUAACGAAAAGUUACAACAAAUCUUUAUUCAGUUAACUUUGAAAUCUGAACAAGAAGAAUAUAAUAAAGAACAAAUUCAAUGGACUCCAAUCAAAUAUUUCGAUAAUAAGGUUGUUUGUGAUUUGAUCGAAUCUAAGAGACCUCCUGGUAUAUUCGCUACGUUGGAUGACUCCGUUGCUACUGCACAUGCAGAUUCAAAUGCUGCUGACCAAGCAUUUGCUCAACGUUUGAAUUUGUUUUCCACAAACGCUCAUUUCGAUCUAAGAUCCUCAAAGUUUGUUAUCAAGCAUUAUGCUGGUGAUGUCACGUAUGAUAUUUCUGGUAUGACAGAUAAAAAUAAGGACCAAUUAGUAAAGGAUCUAGCAGAAUUGGUUCAAACUACCACCAAUCCAUUCUUGUCAACAAUUUUCCCGGACACCAUUGACAAAUCUUCUAAGAGAAGACCUCCUACAGCGGGUAAUAAAAUUAUCAAGAGUGCUAAUGAGUUGGUCGAGACCUUGUCAAAAGCUCAACCUUCCUAUAUCAGAACAAUCAAGCCAAAUCAAACUAAAUCCCCUAGAGAUUACGAUGAUCAACAAGUGUUACAUCAAGUUAAGUAUUUGGGUUUGCAAGAGAAUGUUAGAAUUAGAAGAGCAGGUUUCGCUUAUAGACAAACUUUCGAAAAGUUUGUGGAAAGAUUCUACCUACUAUCCCCUAAGUGUUCUUACGCAGGUGAUUACACAUGGCAAGGUGAUACAUUGGGUGCUGUGAAACAAAUUCUACAAGAUGCGUCCAUUCCAACUACUGAAUAUCAAUUGGGUGUUACCAAGGUUUUCAUCAAAACACCAGAAACAUUGUUCGCUUUAGAACAUAUGAGAGAUAGAUACUGGUACAACAUGGCAGCCAGAAUUCAACGUGCUUGGAGAAGAUUCAUUCAAAGAAGAAUUGAUUCUGCUAUCAAAAUUCAACGUGCAAUUAGAGAGAAGAAGGGUGGUAAUCAGUAUGAACAACUUCGUGAUUAUGGUCACAGAUUAUUGGGUGGUAGAAAAGAAAGAAGAGCAAUGUCUCUACUCGGAUAUAGAGCAUUUAUGGGGGAUUACUUGUCCUGUAACGAAAUGAAAUCUAAGGGUGCUUUCAUCAAGAGACAGGCAGGAAUCUCUGAAAUCGUGGUCUUCUCCAUCAAAGGUGAAGCACUUCAUUCAAAAUUCGGUAGAUCUGCUGUUCGUUUACCAAUCACUAUCAUUUUAACCCCGACGACAUUGUACAUCGUUGGUCAGACGGUGGCACAAAAUCAAGUCUCUUAUACCGUUGACAGAAAGGUCAAUAUUUCACACAUUAAGCAUGUUUCUUUGACUAAUUUGGCUGAUGAUUGGGUUGGUAUCUAUGUUCAAGGCGAAAAUCUACCUGAUCCAUUCAUUAACACUAUAUUCAAGACUGAAUUGAUUACUCAUUUAAAGCAAUUAAAUCGUGCGAUUGAAGUCAAAAUAGGGCCCACCAUUGAAUAUCAAAAGAAACCUGGCAAGCUGCAUACUGUUAAGUGUCAGAUUAGUGAAAGCGCGCCAAAGUAUAGCGAUAUUUACAAAUCAAGUACGAUCUCUGUACGCCAAGGACGUCCAGCUAACUCCCGCCAAGCACCUAAACCAGAAAAGAAGAGUACUUUGUUAAGUGAUGGCCCAUCUUAUAAUUCUAACCAAAGCAAAGGUUACGGUCAGCAACAACAUGCUCAGCCUUCAUAUGGUCAACAGCAGCAGCAACAGCAACGCUACGCACCUCAAAGUCAUGCCACGCCACAAACAACGCAAAAGAAGAGGGCACCACCUCCACCUGGCCAGCAGAACUUUGCUGCAAGUGCUGCUCAAACUGCCUAUCAUCCUCAGCAAGCUUCUCAUGCUCGUGUUCCUUCCACCAACAAUGCACACACACAACAUAACCGCCAACCUGCUCAACAAGCAGCCCAACCUGUACAACAAGCGGCUCAGCCUGCAGCCACCACUUCACAACCAACUAGAAGAGUUGCACCACCUCCACCACCCCCACCACCAACAAAGCAAAAUAUUCCAAAAUUCCAAGCUGCAUACGACUUCACUGGAACUGGUUCUGCUAGCGAACUACCAUUAAGUAAAGGUACAGUCAUUACUGUCUCUAAGCAAGAUCCUAGUGGAUGGUCCUUGGGUAAGCUAUUAGAUGGCUCCAAGGAAGGAUGGGUCCCAACCAACUAUAUUGUGGAGUAUAAAGAAUCAAGUGGUCCACCUCCACCACCCGCUCCACCGGUGGCUUCUUCUACAACAGGUUACGCCAACAGCAAUAACAACGCUUUUGCAGCUAAUGACAAUGUUGCUGCAGUCGCUGGAGCCGCUGCCGGAGCCACUGCCGGAGCUGCUGUUGCUGCAGCGUCGCUGGCAAACCCUGGUCAAAAUGCCUUUAGCGUUGGUCUUGCUGACGCUUUGGCCGCGAGAGCUAACACCAUGCGUCUAGAGAGUGACGAUGAAAGUACUGGCAAUGCUGAUGAGGAUGACGAUUGGUGA